AUGGAGAACAUGUAUGACGACUUUAUAGACGAACCCAACGACAGUCAGAGUCUCCUGCCGGUUGAAAAGCCCGCUACAGGCAAAACGGCCACUAGUUCCGGAACGAGUCCUGUCCCUAAGGAAAUACUCACUGCCUACGAGGCCAUUAAUAGCGCCAUUAAGCGGGUUGACGAUGCAAUCGUUUCCCUGUCAGAAGCGACACGCAAGGCAGAGUCUAUCAACACCGAAGUAGAGCUGAAAGAAUUUAAGAACACGAUAAAUGGUAAGGUCGCGGAGAUAAAGGGCAGAAUGCUCAGAGAGGUUACAGAGUCGAUUAAAGAUCUUGGGAAACAGCAGGCAGCGCUCCAGCGCAAAGGGGCUCUAGACGAUGCCCAGUCAGUAAUCAUUGCUGGGAAGAAGAGAUCCUACCAGCAGACCGUGGCUAACAAGGAGACCCAGCUGGACAGCAUUAUGAAGAAGCUUACCCAUCUCUUGGAUAACAUCGGAAACAAAAUCCGCGCCGCCCAGUAUGACGCACAGAGACCCGCAGGCGAGGCAGAGAAUGAGAAGGCCGAGGAGCAGAUGCUCCGCCAAGAGCUUCAGGAGAUGGAGCUCGUGGACGAGCGUGAAGGAGAGCUGAUCCAGAAUAUCCACCGCGAUGUAGCAGAGGUACUGGCCAUGAUGGGCCUAAUGGCAGAGGAGGUGCAUGCGAACCAGGAGACGAUCAACCGGAUCGAGGCCAAUGUGAAAGCCGCGGAUGACGACGUGGAGGCUGGCGUGGAACAUCUCAAAAAGGCAGAGAAGCACCACAAAUGCUCGAAGAAGUGCCUUAUCAUCUGGGGCGUCAUAAUAGCAGUCAUUGCUAUCAUUGUCAUCUCCGUCCUGAGCACAAUCUUUAAGUAA